GGAGAGCUCGAACAUCGACACGUCAAACACUUCUACGCGCGCACCAACAAGCACAAGUACGAAUAUCAAAUCGCGCAGCACACCCGGCGCGCUGAGAAGCUCCGCAUAAUCAAGAAGGCGUUGGCCGCGGCUGCAGAGCAGGGAGACAGCGCCGUCCAGAAGGAGCCUGUUGUUGACAAGGGCGGUGCACCUGGUGCGGACACUGACGACAUGGCGUACGCCAGUCCGUGGGACCGGUACCAUAUUGCCAAGUCUCAGUGCGACGGCCAUGAGAUUACGGCCUGGGCCACGGAGCACGCGGACGAUCCGGCGUUCAAGGAUUUCGUUCCUCGCCUUCAAGCCCAUCUCCUCUCGCGUCUGGACGAUCACGCGGAUGACCCCGACCACACACCGCCAUCUGUGUACAUUGCCGGCAACCGUCUGUAUCAUCACCGCGUGUUCCGGGUGAACUACACGACGUACGACGUCCGGCGAGCACAGGACUCGGUGAACCCGCGGACUCAUCCACACAUCAUGCUCCUCUCCCCCCCAAGCGACUCUUCCGACGCCGAAUCGAGCACGGACGGCUCUAAUGCCACCUCCGAGUUGGACGACCAUCCCUUCCUCUACGCACGUGUCAUCGACAUCUUCCACAUCAACGUCCAUCCCCUGACGUCUGCUGGGGGGCCUCUCAUUCGCGUGGACGUUCUCUGGGUACGCUGGCUCUCAUUGGACGCUCUGGCACCGGGAGGCUUCAAGGCCAAGCGCUAUCCUCGCGUCGAAUUCACCAAGGACACGGACGGCAGCGAUCCCGCAUUCGGCUUCGUCAAUCCGCAAGAUGUCCUCCGCGGUGCACACCUCAUCCCGGUGUUCGCAUGCAAGCGCACCAAGGACCUUCUUGGGCCGUCCGCGGCCGCUCGUGUAGGCCCGGAGUACUCCGAUCUUCAAGCGGCCGAUGUGGAUAGUGACUUCCGGUAUUACUAUGCCAACAUGUACGUGCUCUGA